GAUUAGUCAAUCGUUCUCUCUUCUUUGUGACUUUACAAUGGACGGUAACCUCUACACUCCCCGCAUGUGCUCCGCCACCGGCCGCAUCAUCCAGGCUAAGGACCACGCCUCCGUCCAGAUCUCUGUCGGCGACGUCGACCCCCAGACUGGCCGCUUCACUGGCUCGUCCAAGCACUACGCCCUCUCCGGCUUUGUCCGCGCUCAGGGUGAGGCUGACGACUCCAUCAACCGUCUUGCCCAGAAGGACGGCGCUCUCCACAAGGUUUUCGAGGGCUUCCAAAAGUAAAUGCACCCUUUGGUCCUUUAGCUUGUUCCCGAAUUGUGUUGUGUCUCUCCAAGACCCAGAGUGCCUCGCCGCUCAAUUGCCAAGUUGACAGCGAUUGCUUUGUGUGCUGUUGUCGUGACUCGCUCUGUUCUCGAUUACACGUUUCUUGGCGCUUU